GCACCCCUGUUUUACUAGGUGAGAGUUCACAUAUGCUUUAGUCCUGUUUAGACAAUAAUCAUAUUUAUGUUUUAUAUAGGCUACCCUACAAUCUGAGCAGAGGAUCUUAGGAAUUACAGAUUAUUUUACAGGGAUCCUCUACACAUGUGUAUUUACAUUACAGUCCUGAAAAUAUGGAGCAGAAGGCAUGUCAAAUCCCAAACUUCUGGAUAACUCAGAAUGUGUGCUCACAUUUAUGACCACAAGGUGGCGCUCUUUUAUAGAUGUCCGAUGGCCCCAACUUGACUCCAAUACAUGCAGAUCCAAACACAGGAAUGAUCAGCUAAAAUGUGACAACAUACAACACACCGGGUCAUGUAAAAUGUACCAAUGUCAGCAUAAAUCGUUAAAAAAAACAAAAAAAAAAAACGAAUCGGACAUGUUUUUAGUACCGCAAACUUUAGCCUAUCCUGAAAUAAGUAAAAAUGUUUCCUAAUGAAAUCGUGCCUGCUGAAGUUAAUGGUGAGGAUAGUGUGAUCUCAGAUCGUGUGUUUCCGAUCAUUGAUCCCCCUGUACAGGAGACCCCAUGUUUACACUCUUACACAGAUGCUUUAAGAAGUCCCCUCCCCCUCCUCCUCGCCGGACACGCCCCCACCUGGAGAGCUCUCCCUGAGUCUUGGCUGAGUGGAGGAUCCGGGAGAGCUGAACCUGGAAUUGACGGGCUGAUUGUUAGCUCCUUUGCCACACUCACCCACCGGAUUGUACAGGAGGAUCGGGGGGUCCCACCCUGAACCCCAACAGGUCUGGAUUUCUGCUAAUUGGACCGGUAAUAUAACCAAUAACGGGCAUGACAAAGAGCCUUUAGCAAACCCAGAACUAAGGAAUCAUGACAGUCCUUUUGCUCAAGUGAAACCACAAAGCUUGGAUUCAUUAUCUCGCCUUGUGUUGCUCAUUAUUGUGACAUAUCCCCUGGCUUCUUUUUGCUGACCACCUGCCCAGUAUUAAGAAACACAAUUCCCCAUCUCCACCUACAACUAACAGAUGGGGCUCGAUGCAGAGGGCUGACGUCUGCCUGGGGGGAUAAACCCUAUGGCCAUUGGCUGCCUGCCUUUCUACAACCGAGGUCAUGGGGAACUCAUAUGCAGGGCAGCUAAAAUCUGCCCAGUUUGAGGAAGCUCUUCACAAUUCCAUAGAAGCCUCUCUAAGAUGUAACAGUGUAGUACCACGACCAGUGUUCUCACAGCUUUAUCUCAAUGCAGACAACUCCACGUUCACUCCAGAAGGUGUUGAUGUCAAGCCUAAAUUGGAAGAACUAGAUAAGGAUUAUGCCCAGCGGUACACUCAGAAUGGUAGUGUUGAUUUCUCAAACAGCCAGACCGUGUGUGAAAUGGAAGAUGACGAUGAUGAUGACAUAUCUGAUACGAAUAGUCCUCCAUUACCUUACAUCCAGAAGCCACCUCCAGAGGGUUCUUGUACUGUAGAUGGGUUCUGCCAAGCAGGGAAAGAUUUGCGAUUGGUGUCACUCUGCAAAGAACACGUUGAGCUUCCGACAGGAUUUCUAUUAGUUGGGGUGAAGAACCCAUCUCUGCCUGAUCAUAUACUUGUCUGUGCAGUAGAUAAAAGAUUUCUUCCCGAUGAUGAUGGCAAAAAUGCACUUUUAGGUUUCUCCGGAAAUUGUGUUGGAUGCGGAGAGCGUGGUUUCAGGUAUUUUACGGAGUUUUCAAACCACAUAAACCUGAAACUUACAACUCAACCAAAGAAGCAAAAGCACUUAAAAUGUUACCUAGGGAGGAACUCCCAGGGGUUACUCUGUAAAGGACCACUUAUAUGCUGGAAAGAACCUCGAAGUCGACCAUUUUCUGCUCCAGUUGUUAAGCCAAUCACUCCCAUCUCAGAGAACGGAAACACUAAUGGAUACAAGUCCAGAUUCUCUCCUUCAGACAUACAGUCUUUAGCCUUUGCCAAAGCUCCUACUGCUCUUCAUUCAAGUACCCCUCAGGAUCUGUCUCGAAAUAAGAGCAUCGUUAAGCCUUUGCCACUGCCAGUGCACCCCUUGGGAAAGUCCUAUCCUGCACCUAUUUUAUUUCAAUCGCCAGAAACCAAUGGAACCACAAGUGUAGCAAGGGGCACUUUGCUAACUCCUGCACCUUCUCAAACUUUUUCUCAGUCAACUUCAAGUCCUAGCAGCAAUAGUGGAGAAAAUGCAGUUAUUACAUUUUCUGGACCACCAAAAAAACGACAUCGGGGAUGGCCUCCAAGUUCACCACUUCAGACACCUGUUUUGGCCUUCCCUGCACCUCCUAUGCGCCCUAUAACAAGACCAGUUACUGUGCCACCGCCAGUUUUGGGAGCAGUUUUCCAGCCACAGCCGAUCCCAGCAGGCGAAACUGUAAUUGUGGCAGAAAACCUAUUGAAUAAUUCUGGAGUGAGGCCUGUUAUUUUGAUAGGCUAUGGUGCAUUGCCAUAUUUCUAUGGAAAUGUCGGAGAUAUUGUUGUAAGUCCAAUGUUGGUGAAUUGCUACAAGUUACAGGAGUUGGAAAAGAAGGAACUGGAUCAGAUGGGAGUGGCCAGCAGCCAGUUCCUGAGUGUCGAAAACCUCAUUCUUCUGACAAUACAAUAUCUUGUGAAGCUUGGUUCAGAUCAAAUACCAAUUCGGGAAGUGUUUGAGAAAAUUGUGCUGAAAGCUCUACAGGAAUUUACCUAUAAAGAACGUUCUUUGCCUAUGACUUCUGCCAUGUUGGUGACACCAGCUCAGUUACCUUGGUUGGCUCGUUUGUCAGCCAGUGUUUCUCAGGAUUCGGUUCAUGUUCUCGUUACCCAAAACUCUCUUGCAGAGGGAAUAUCUGAGACUCUUCGCUCUUUAGCUGAUAUGAAACCUCUGCAGAAGAUUCCAGACUAUGUAGUAGCAAUCUGUUCCUCAAAAGCCAGAGGAAAUGAGUUUUGUGUUAUUGCUCUUGGUAAAUAUCAAUCCCGGGUUCUGGCAGAGAGCAUGCUGACAACCAGUGAGUUUUUGAAAGAGAUCAGUUAUGAGCUUAUCACAGGGAAAGUUAGCUUCUUGGCCUCCCAUUUUAAGAACACAUCCACAGGUGAUGACUUGGACAGAUUGCUGGAAAGAAUUCAGAGGAAGAGGGGAGAUAAUGUAAUCAUUCCUUUUCAUGGCGAUGUGAAAGAAUGCAUCUCUUCCCAGGAAGCGGCCUGCAUGAUUCCUGCACAAGGCAGAGGUUGUAACACUGAUAACUUCCAAAUAUACCAGUCUCAACUGAUGGUUGCUCGGAAGCUCCUCUCCCAGGUGUGUGCAAUUGCAGACAGCGGCAGUCAAAGUCUGGAUCUAGGACGGUUCAGCAAGGUGGAUUUCCUCAUUGUUGUUCCUCGCUCAGAAAUACUGGUACAGCAAACUAUUCAAAGGAUUAGACUGUCUGGUGUGUUGACUGAUUUGGGUUUAGAGGAAUUGGCAUUUGCACCUCAGCGAGCAGAAAAGUAUGUGCUUCGACUAGAUGGAGAUUUUCAAACCAAAUUUGAUGCGUUUAUAAAAAAAGUGAAACAAAAUCCAUAUACACUCUACGUUCUUAUCCAUGAUGAUAGUCAUGUAGAUUUAACCAGUGCUAUGUCAGGAACUUUGUCUCAUGGAGAUUCCUCUCAGGGCCUUUCUGACCGGAUUGUGAAUUGUCAUGAAUUGCAGGAAGCCCUAAAUCUCAUAGUGCUGCAAGUCAGUGCAUUUCCAUAUGCUUUACAGACACAGCAGUCCAAGAUCAGCCCCAACAAUGAGGUGCACUGGAUUCAGUCUGACAUGGUAGAGUGUGUAACUGGAGAGGAAAUGGUUUACUUUGGCAUUAAUGAGUACAGCAAAUCUCUACAGUGGGGUAUUACAAGUCCUUUAUUGAGAUGUGAUGAAACAUUUGAAAAAAUGGUCAACACACUUCUGGAAAGGUACCCAAGGCUUCACAGCAUGGUAAUUCGAUGCUACCUUCUUAUUCAGCAGUAUUCUGAAGCUCUUAUUGCUUUAACCACCAUGACCUCGCUCAGAGACCACACCACACCAGAGACACUUAGCAUUGUGGAUGACCUGCUUAGCUUCCCGGCGAAAGACAAAAGUGCCCAGGGACACAUGCUCAUAAUCCGGGUGCCAUCGGUACAGUUGGCAAUGUUGGCAAAGGAGCGACUGCAGGAAGUGCGAGACAAACUAGGGUUGCAGUAUCGCUUUGAAGUGCUCCUUGGUAAUCCUGCUUCUGAACUGUCUGUUGCCAAGCACUUUGUCACUAGAUUAAAGAUAUGGAGUGGAUGUGAACAAGAAGACUGGGUUCCUAGAACAUUCAAAGACCUCGAAGGCCUACCUUGUAUUGUAGUUCUUACCGGCAAGGACCCUCUUGGAGAAACCUUUCCUAGAUCCUUGAAGCACUGUGACCUCCGACUAAUCGACUCAAGUUUCCUAACACGGACAGCGUUGGAGCAAGAAAUAGGCAUAGCUUGCGGUUAUGUAUCAAGGGAUGUUAUUCGAGAACCAAUGACUGCCUUGGACCUCAGUGACAAGGAAGUUGACAAGGCUAACAGCAUUGCAAAUGAUUCUGAUGAUCUGUUUAUUGACCUCGACAGACCACAGAGUAAUGGGAGUGCAGUCACUGGGACGUCGGGUUCCAUAGCAGAAAAUGGAGUCAGUUCAUCAAGCACAGCUGAAGAAAUACAGAGACCGUCAUUAAACGCUGACUCUUCAAAUGUAGCGAACAGCUCUCUGGAUGAAGUCACUUACCCCAAUUCUACAGCCAGUGAAAUAAAAAAUGAAUGUGACGCUCUUGGAGCACAAAUGGCCAGCAGCACAACUUCAAAAUUCUCCUCCACUUCUUCAACACAAACUCUUCAAUGGACACACCAAUCAGGAAGAAAGAGCAGGACUUUGAGUUUAACAAUGCCACGCAUUGUGGUUCUCUCACGAGCUACUUACAAUCUCCUGGCUACACAUAAAAAUGGACAGACACUCUCUACCGUUUCACUCUUACCCCAUGCUGAUGUGAGCUGGUUGAGAUCACUCAGGCCUUCAAUAACCAAAGACUUAAGCAGUGAUGAGCAAUCGCUUUACUAUCGACAGUGGACAACAGCCAGGCAGCACCAUGCUGACUUUGUAAACCCCAGUGAGCAUUUGGGUACAAGGACUGUUCAUCCACGCCGUCUUCUUCUGAAUGGUCCAUCGCAGGUAGGAAAGACUGGUGCUUACCUGCAGUUUCUUAGAAUACUAUAUCGCAUGCUGAUUCGGCUUUUAGAGGUCGAUGUCUACGACGAGGAAGAGAUCAACAAAGUUGAAGGAGGACCGGAGGAGCCGACAACAGAGCUGUGGCCAGAUAUUGAAGUGUUCAGCAAAAUCCCGUUUGAUGUCACAGUACAUGAUCCAAAAUAUCGGAAAACCAGUCCACUCUACACUGUACACAGUUCACAAGUCAAGCAAGAGUCCUCUGGAGGUCGCUCUGAUGAAUCUAGGAAACGUGAAACCAUUUCUAUGAUGCUGACCAAAUUUGCAUCAUACAAUACUUUUCACCAUUGUGAGCAGUGUCACCAGUACAUGGAUGUCGGCUCUGCAUCACAGAUGCUUGAAUCUACCAUACAUGCCUUUACUUUUUCAUCCUCGAUGCUUGGUGAAGAGGUUCAACUUCACUUCAUCAUCCCCAAGUCCAAAGAACAUCAUUUCGUCUUUAGCAAACAGGGCAAGCACCUGGAGAGCAUGCGGCUCCCCCUGGUGUCCGAUAAAAACCUCUACAUUAAGAGUCCAAUUUUUACACCUUCAAGUGGCCGACAUGAACACGGACUGUUAAACCUAUAUCAUGCCAUGGAAGGUAACAGUCACCUGCAUAUUAUGGUCGUAAAGGAGUAUGAGAUGCCACUUUACCGAAAGUACUGGGCCAACCACAUCAUGCUGGUUCUUCCUAGCAUGUUUAAUAAUGCUGGAGCUGGGGCUUCCAGAUUUCUUAUCAAAGAGCUUUCUUACCACAACCUGGAACUGGAGAGAAAUCGUAUGGAGGAAAUGGGAAUCAAACGUCAAUGUGUAUGGCCCCUCAUUGUUAUCAUGGAUGACUCCUGUGUUUUGUGGAAUGUACAUGGUAAAGUUACAGAGCAGUCAAGUCAAUUUACAGAGACGGAUUCCGGUAUCAAGAAUGUCUCUCUGAAGUUUGUGCUACAGCACAUGGAAGCUACACCAAAGAUCACCAACUAUGCAAUGCUGGGGAUCCAGAAGUGGAACAGCAGGCUAAAUUCCAGCUUCCCCAAGCGUUCCUUCUCCAGGUGCCAUGUUCAUGACUUUAUAAUGCUCAACGUGGACCUGACCCAGAAUGUGCAGUAUGAUCUUAACAGGUACUUCUGUGAAGAUGUGGAUUUCAACCUUCGAACAAAUAGUGGGGGUUUGCUGAUUUGCCGCUUCAACAACUUUAGCCUAAUGAAGAAGCAUAUACACGUGGGAGGACACAAGGACUUCAUUGUCAAGCCCAAGGUCAUGAUAACAGAAAGUGCUGGUCUCAUCUCCCCUUUGCAGUACGUGUGUGCUCCAGACAGUGAGCAGACACUCCUGGCAGCUCCAGCUCAGUUCCUGCUGGAGAAGUUUCUUCAGUACAGUGCUCACAAAUUGUUUCCAAAGGCCGUAAACAACCCGAGGAACCCACUAUUGGCUGUAGACUGCUACCUGAACCUAGGACCUGAGGUGACGCUGUGCUAUGUGAGCUCCAGACCACACUCUGUAAAUGUGAACUGUGACGGACUGGCAUUCAGUGGACUUCUGCUUUAUUUGUGUGACUCCUUUGUCUGUGCAGGGAUGUUGAAGAAAUUCAGGUUUCUUAAAGGUGCUACACUCUGCGUUAUAUGCCAGGACAGAAGUUCUCUUCGGCAAACUAUUGUACGUUUGGAGCUGGAGGAUGAAUGGCAGUUCCGACUGCGAGAUGAGUUCCAGACUGCGAACAGCAUCGAUGACAAACCACUCUAUUUCCUUACUGGACGACACAUUUGAAUGUUGGGAGGCUUUAAUUUAUUUUUUUUAUUUUUUGCAAUGACGUGCCUGAAAAGUGGCUGUGAAAGGUCAUUUUGAAUCAAGUGCAAAGAAAUCGGUGGAUUCAGAUUCACUUGCUUCUGAUUAAUGGAAGGACCAUGACCAUGCACGUCUGAGUGCUACUGUUGGACAGAUGAAGACUUCAGUGCUUUUUUGCCUUUUUUAUUUUCAUUAUUUGCUUUACUCUCAUGAAUUAUCAUCCUGGGUCUUUGGACCAAUGCAGUUGCAGGCUGAGUAUCAACUUUUUAUUAGCACAAAAAUGACUAGUGGAGCAAUCUUUCUACUUUACUAAUGAUGAUGUUUUUAAUGCAUUGAAUAAUGCAAAUUGUGGCCAAGCAAGACUUCUGCGAGACACCAUGCUCAAUGACAGCUCUAUCUGUCAACAACAUUUAAAUGUGUUUCCAGAUCCUUUACAUUUGUGAAGAGAGAAGUGUGCCAAAUAUAUUUUUAGAGUUCAUUUUUAUUCUUGUAUUCUCAGUAUCGCUGAUGAACCGUACAUGAUCUAAAUGAUCAAUCUAUACAUAAAACUGAUGAUUGUGUCAACAUAUAAGGACCUAUUUUAUUGACAUCCUGUCCAGCGUGUGCACUUUUCCUUUUUUUUCAGACAAAGUGCAUGAAUUCGAACAUUUUAUCUAGCCAUUUGUUGCGUUCAUCUAUUACUAUAUGAGUGCUGUUUACUAAAUGUAAAAAAAACACUGGGAACAUUUUAUUCCUGUAUAGGGCUACGGAAUGUUAGGAUUCCUUAUAGUGCCGCCCUAGACUGUUUACUGCUACUCCGUAGGAACGGGUUUUUCCCUUCCCUCACAUAAUGCUAGAUAAAACCAGCACAGAUUCUUAAUCUUAAAAGCCUCAUUGUAAUAGACAUAGGUUAAAAGGUUCCGUUUUGUUCCCACACUUUGAAUGCGAUUUAAAGAAAAGUAAUUCAUUGAUAUUCCAGGCAAAAAGAGAGAUCUAUAUUUUUUGCAUGCCUUUCUGAUAUGGAUUUCUGCUCAAUGAAAUCGUAUAAACAAACGAACGGUGAAACGCAUAUUCGAUAGGCCUGACUUGAGGCACUAAUUCGUUUUUAUAUAACCGUAAAUGCACAAAAGACAAGUGUACACCCCUGUUAAUUUGAAACUGAAGCCUGACAUUGAAAGGUUAUAAAGAAAUCGUCUUAAUAGGAAAAAAGUAUGGUGUAUUCACAAUUUUUUUAUUUUUUCCUUUACUUGUCCAAAUAUAAGGUGCACACGCUCUUUAAAAAAACACUUAAUGUAAACCUGUCAGGAUAGAAAAAUAUGGGCACUGCUGACUUGUUUUUUUAAAUACAUGUUCAAGGACGAGCAGGUAUGUCCUAGCUUUGCUGUCUGGGGAGUUGCUGGCCUAGAACAAAGAAUGUGUGCAUCAGGUGUCUGCCACAAGCUGUUUCUGAGCCAGACUUGCCAGUUGGCAUAGGCAAGAUGAGAUGGAGGGUCCUGAAAAAUGUGCCGGUAUGGCAGCAUCUACGUGUCAGUCUUUUUUUUUUUUUUUUUUUUUAAAGACCAAAGCGAAAUGGGCCAAAUGUUUGUAUUCCAUUUUACACGCUAAACAUGCAGGUAACCAUCUAUGUUCUUACUACUUCACUUUUUAGGUAACGUUUUUAGCUUCAGUUGGAAAUGGUGUUAAGCUAUUGCAGAUGAAAUGUUUACAAAUUAGAACAAAAUAUUUAAUAUAUAAGAAAAGAAUUGCGUACUUGUAAUAUAUGUCGCAUUGAUUGGUGUUGCACAUAUUCGUGUUUGUUUAGCUUUUUUUUUUUAUUUUAAUACUUUACUUUGCAAAAUAGUCUUGCCUUUGGCGCACUCCUUAUUGUGUUUUUGGACUGUUAAAGAACAAUGGGGGUCGCCAUUAGUUUUGGCAACAAAUUUCCAGACUGGGAUUUUUCCUAGGAUGAAAUGCGCUACAUGGACCAGGUAUGGCAAAGAUUAAAGAACGAUAUUUAAAAUUUCUUUCUGUAUUGUGAGCGUAUACUGUGUUGUAUUGCAUCUCGCUUGGGCCCUUUCUGCUAAUUGUUCCACAUAGUUGUAUGUUUUUCCUCCAGCCUGUUAGGUUUUCAAUUUGCACUAAAUUACUUCAUUUUUAGAGUGAGGAAAAACAUUCAUACUGUGGGCCUGUUGUAACACAAAAUGGCAUAGAGAUCUUUGUAACUUUAUACCCAUUUUUCUAAUUUUAUGAUUUGUAAAAAAAAAAAACUUAUGUCAAACAAUUUAUGUAGUGUUUCAUAAACAGAUCUGUCACCAAAGAGAGCUUGGACAUACAAUAUUUUUAAUGGUGUUCUCAUGCUUUUCACAAAACAUGGCUAAUACUAUGCCAAGGUUGCCUCAGUCAUGAAUGAUGCCUAUAUUGAAUGUAAUCAGAGUCAGUUAUAUCAGCACCAAGCUUAUUUUGUUAUAAUGUAUACAAAUUGUUUUUAUGUGAUGAUAAAUUUAAAUAUGCUGCUUAAAAAGGGACGUUAUUGACCAAAAACUUGGUGAAUUUGGCAUCACUAGUCUACCUCAUGCUGUAUUGUUUGCAUAUUGGUUAAUUUUAUCAGUUAAUUGAACUGUUGUUGUUAUUAAAGUUAUUUACCAAAA